AAAAAAUUGAUUAAGUAGCUGAGCAUUAUUGACUAGCACUGUAGCACAUCCAUUAAUUAGCUGCCAUGUUUGAACCGUCAUUGAAAAAUGUGUCUCCACUCACUACAUUUUAUCCUUUGUACAAUAAUUCUACUUCCGUUCCGCGAGAAAUAUCCGAUGAUGAUUUCUCAAUGUCGGAAUAUCAUCUUCGCCAUAGCUUUCUUCUUCUUCGUUUAUCUUUCCUUCGUCGAAUCCCAACCGUUCGAUUAUCCAACGGCAAACCUCUCCACAACUUGGAUCAACAGUGUCUCCGCAAGUCACUCGGUCAGUUUCACAGACAACUCAACCAUCAGAGCCAUUCUUCUCCGAGGAAGUUUCGGUCCGAGAUACGCCUGCGGAUUCUUCUGCAACGGCACGUGCGACGCUUACCUCUUCGCCGUAUUCAUCGUCCAGACUAACAGCGGCGGACUGAUCACUAUGCCGUCGAUAGGGUUCCCGCAGGUCGUCUGGUCGGCCAAUCGGAACACUCCGGUCAAAGUCAACGCAACCCUGCAGCUCACCGCCGCCGGCGACUUGGUCCUGAGGGACGCCGACGGCACAACCGCCUGGUCCACCAACACCGCUAAUAUGUCCGUACAGGGAUUAAAUUUGACGGAAUUGGGAAACCUAAUUCUCUUCGAUUCGAACAACUCCGUUGUCUGGCAAUCAUUUGAUCACCCAACCGAUGUAUUGGUCCCGGGCCAAAUCUUAGUAUCCGGUAAGAAUCUUACAGCAAGUUCGUCGCCGACGAAUUGGACCGACGGCGGCCUUUUUUCCUUAUCAAUGACGAACAAAGGCUUAGUAGCUUCUGUCCAAUCAGAUCCUCCGCAGGUAUACUACCAACGCUUGUUUUCCGGCACCAAACAGAAUACAGAAUUAAGUUAUGCGAAGUUUCGUAAUGGGAGUUUAGAUUUAUAUAUAAAUUCCAUCGAGGCUAGUGAACCCGAUUUAUCGAUAGCGAUUCCCGCGGCUAACUCGGCUCAGUUUAUCAAAUUCGGUUCCGACGGGCAUCUCAGAGUGUUCGAAUGGGGAUCACCGUGGAGGGAAGUAGCUGAUCUUCUUACGGGCUUUCUCGGUUUGUGCAACUAUCCUAUGGUUUGUGGUACGUACGGAGUUUGCUCGAACGGGCAAUGUAGCUGUCCGAGAUCGGGUUUUAACGAAGUCUACUUUUCGCCUAGGGACAAUCGGCGCCCUGAUCUUGGUUGUUUCGAAGUCAAUGCACUCACUACUACUUGUAGUAGUAAUAUAAAUGCUUCGGAAAAUCACGGGUUUUUGGAUUUGGAAAAUGUGAACUACUUUGAGUUUGUGACGGAUAUUAGUAACACUAAUAUGGAUACGUGUAAAGAGGCUUGCUUGAGGAAUUGUUCUUGCAGAGCUGCUAUCUUUCAAUACGGUUUUAAUUCGUCGAGCGGGAACUGCUACUUGCCGUCACGCGUCUUUUCUUUGAUGAAUAACAACGGGGCGGUAAGAAAUUUAUUUUCUUCAGUGUCUUUGAAAGUGCAGAUUCCUCCUACUGUGACUCCCCCUGCAGUUGGUACAGUACCACCUACAGAUUCUAAGGGAAAGAAUAGCUCUUUAGGACUUAUACUUGGAUCAAUUCUUGGAGUUCUUUUUGUAGCUGUUGUGGUUGGAACUGCUUUUUUCGUAUACCGAAAAAGGAGAAAAUCUAAUGAAGACGAGGAGGAUUACUUAGAUCUUGUACCGGGAAUGCCCACAAGAUUUUGUUAUGAAGAGUUGGAGAUCGCAACCGGAAACUUCACUAAGAAACUCGGUGAGGGAGGAUUCGGCUCUGUUUUCGAAGGGUCAUUGAAAGACGGGACGAAAAUCGCAGUGAAAACCCUCGACGGAGUGGGCCACAUCAAGAAGUCGUUUCUAGCCGAGGUCGAGAGUAUAGGGAGCAUUCAUCACGUCAAUUUGGUGAGACUCAUUGGGUUUUGUGCCGACAAAUCUCACAGGCUUUUAGUUUACGAGUACGUGGUUAACGGGUCGUUAGAAAAAUGGAUCUAUUAUGGAAGACAAGAGAAGUGUCUCGACUGGAAAACGAGAAGAAAGAUCAUUCUUGAUAUAGCCAAGGGAUUAGCCUAUCUACACGAAGACUGCCGGCAGAAAAUCAUCCAUUUAGACAUAAAGCCACAAAACAUACUUUUAGACGAAAAUUUCAACGCCAAGCUGGCAGAUUUCGGGCUUUCGAAGCUAAUCGAUCGGGACCAAAGUCAAGUUGUGACGACGAUGAGAGGCACUCCGGGCUAUCUUGCACCCGAGUGGCUGAGCGCGGUUAUUACAGAGAAAGUGGAUGUUUACAGCUUCGGGGUUGUGGUUUUGGAGAUUGCGUGUGGUAGGAAAAUAUUCGAGCAAUCUAAACCCGAGGAAGAAAGGCCUUUAUUAAGCGCUUUCAAGAAAAAAGCAGAGGAAGGGCAGUGGCUUGAUCUUGUGGAGAAUUACGACUGCGACGAUAAUGAUGAAGAAAUUGUUGAGAUGAUGAAAAUCGGAGCUUUGUGUGUGCAAAAUGAUUACGUAAAAAGGCCCGCUAUGUCGAUGGUGAUUAAGGUUUUGGAAGGUUCUGUUAAAGAUGUCGAUAUCAAAGAUAUCGAUUACAACAAUUUCUUAACUCCACGGAAUAUGAUUAACGAUAUGUCGGAAAAUGGCUCUCGUGAUGUAACGCCUUUGCUUCCGUCGGUUUUAUCAGGGCCGCGAUGAUGUUUGAGUUUUCUUGAACAUGUUAUUCUUUGAUUUGCAGAUGAAUCCUAGAAUUUUCAGAAAUGUAAUGGAAUUUUUUUCGUUUUAUUCGUAGAAGUUCGUAGAACAUUAUUUUCUUCAGUAAUGUAGAUAUAGUUUAGAGCUUGCUGCACUUAAUCAUAUUUCUGUUAUGAUAAAAACUUUGUUUACAUUCAAUGAAAUCAUGUACAUUGACAUCGAAUGGAGCGGAAUCAGCACUUUUGAAAAAAA